ACCACGUGAACCCCGUCGUGAGAGGCGCCGCCAUCUUGCCCGCCACCACCUUUCGGGAGGGCCCGCGCCGCCGCCGCGAUGCCCGAGGACCCGGACUGGAAGGCCUACAAUGUGCCGCCGACCCGCACCCCCGUCGGCGAGAGGGACACGUCGGUGCCCAAUCCGGUCGAUAUCUUUCAGACAGUCUUUAACUACGUCGUCGAUGCGCCCGUCACCUUCGUGCGAGAAUGGAUUGAGCGGCAGCAAGCCAAGAACAAGUUCUACUAUUACCACCAGAAGUUCCGCCGCGUGCCCGACCUGAGCGAGUGUCUGGAGGGCGACUACCUCUGCUUCUACGAGGCAGAGGCACAGUGGAGGAGGGACAGAAUGGUUGAUCAGGAGAUCGUGGAGAUCAUCCGGGAGAGGCUGGGUGCGUGCAAGCAGAGGGAAGGACCCAACCAGUUCCAGAACUGUGCCAAGGAGGCACAGCUGCUGGCGCAGGUCACCAAGGCCUACCAGGACAGAUAUGGUGAUCUUGGCGUCCAUGGAAAUGCAAGGACAUGCCUGAUGAAGCAGAAGCACAGGAUGAUGGAAGAGAGGAAGGCGCAAGAGAACCCCUCUCAGCAGAGCUGAACAGUUGGGAGCUCCCUUGUGGUGCUCGUGUCCCACGGUGCAUGCAGUGUGAGCAGCAGUGCUGCUGCCGACCUCCACAAUAAACGCACAGCCCAGGCAACUGCCAUACACCUAGAAUCC